CUGUGUGCCGUGCUUGAGCUUUUCCUUUUCUGAGUGGGCACCAUGAGGACAUGGCUGGCAGCCGCCCUGCUCUGCCACGUUGCUGCGGAGCAAGUGCAGGUCCACAUCGUUUGUCACACACAUGACGACGUGGGGUGGCUGAAGACGGUGGAUGAGUACUACACCGGCCAGAACAAUUCCAUCCAGCAUGCCUAUGUACACAUGAUUUUGGACACCGUGGUGCGCGCACUGGCGGCGGACAAGAGUCGCACCUUCACCUAUGUGGAGCAGGCCUUCUUCGUCCGUUGGUGGCGACAACAGGACGAGAGGACCAAAGCCUUGGUGAAGGACCUGGUGAAGGAUGGAAG